UAACACUGCGACGAACCAAAACCCCUAGAAAUCUCCUCCGCCGGUGCCGAGCAGGAAGGAGAUCGGGAGAGCCGAAACCAUGGCGUUCUCCUUCAACUCUUCCUUUUCUUCCUCGUCGUCUUCUUCGUCCUCGUCCUUCUCCUUUCCAUCCCAACCCUCAGUCUCUUCCGCUUCCUCCCCUUUCUCCCUCUCCUCCUCCGCCGCCUCCCCCUCCCCCUUCUCCUUCGCUCCCACCGCCGCUGGCGCCGCCUCAUCUUCCGCCACUGGUUUCUCCCUAGGCGCUUCUUCCUCUGCCGGUUCCUCCCCAUCUCUCUUCGGCCUCUCAACCUUUGGCUCCUCAUCGGCCGCAUCCUCCGCCUUUUCUACCUCCAGUCUUUUCUCGACGUCUGCUCCAUCUUCCGCCGCUUCUACCUUCAGUCUUUUCCCGCCAUCGGUUCCAUCUUCCGCUGCUACUACCUCUAGUCUUUUCUCGCCAUCUGCUCCAUCCUCCGCCUCUACUACCCCCGGUCUCUUUUCCUCGCAGGCUGUCUCCGCUCCCAAACCCAUCCCUUUUCCCUCAGCAUCCGCCGCACCUUCCGCUUCCUCAAGCCCUAAUUUUGGUUUUGGAUUGGGGGCUUCGACUCCCAACUUCGGCUUCGGUUCGUCUUCCACUGCUGCCUCUCCGUUGUUUGGUACUUCCGCUUCCCCUCCGGCGCCGGCCUUGUCCUCGGCUCAGACACUGUUUGCUUCGUCAGCUAGUGGCGCGCCUUCGGUGCCUUCGUUUGCUACGUCCUCAUCUUCCCCCGCCUUUUCUGUGCCGACGACGUCUGCUCCAGCUCCAUCCUUCGUAUCCCCGUUUCCUGCCUCCUCCUCUGCGUCCCCUCUAUUCUCUUCUUCUGCUACCGCUACUUCCUCUCCUGCCAUCACCAGCAUUUCGACCUCUCCUUUCUCCUUUGGAAGUGGCAGUUCCUUUGCUCCGAGUUCGUUCGAUGCCGUGUCGUCUGGUAGUACUACUUCGUCCUCACCUGUUACUACCACGCCCACCUUGGCAACUGGCUUUUCUUUUGCGACUCCGACAUCUGCUGUGUCCCAACCUUCCUUUGGGUUUACCAAUGCUGCUACAUCAACUCCCUCCAGUGCAUCUAUGUUCUCCGCUCCUACUGCUGCAAAGCCUUCAACUCUGUCAUUUGGAUUUGGGUCUUCUCCCGCAUUGCCCGUAUCAAGCGUGGCACCAACUGUCACAACUGCAAGCACUACUUCUCCGCCUGCCGUGACACCUGUAGCUACGUCUUCCUCGUUGUUUGCUCAAGCAGUCCCUUCGUCUGUUACAUCUCCUCUGUCAUUUCCAAUUCCUUCAUCAUCUCCAGCAGCUGCUGCAUCUGCCGCCACAGCCUCUGCUUCAAAAACGACAUCAAGUAGCACACCUACACUUGCUUUCCCAAGCUUUGGUGUAUCAACACCCGCGGCUGCUCUCUCCACCACGGCAUCAACAAUAACAUCCAUUCCACUUCAACCUGCACCAGCUGCCUCUUUGUUAGGUUCCUCCAUUUCGGCAUCUUCAAGUUUGUCUAGUAGUUCUGUUACAAGUCAAGCUUUAACGCCAACUGUUCAAGCUGCUAGUCACGGACUUUCUACAACCACUUCAGCUGUCCAAGCACCCAAGUUACCAUCAGAGAUUGCUGGAAAAACUGUUGAGGAAAUUAUUAAGGAUUGGAAUGCUGAGCUACAAGAGCGCACUACAAAAUUUCAAAAGCAGGCUACAGCAAUAGCUGAAUGGGAUAUGAGGAUUCUGCAAAACCGUGAUAUUCUUAUUAGACUGGAGGCUGAGGUGGCAAAAGUUGUUGAGUAUCAAACUAGCUUACAACGACAGCUUGAAUUAAUUGAAACACAUCAGCAGGAGGUUGACAAAGCUCUGGAGAGCAUGGAAGCGGAAGCUGAGCGCAUAUACAAAGACGAACGGUCAUUGCUUUUAGAAGAUGAAGCUACUUCAGUGAGAGAUUCAAUGUAUGAGCAAGCAGAGUUUAUUGAAAGAGAAAUGCAAAAUAUGACUGAACAAGUGAAAUCAAUAAUUCAAACAGUGAAUGCUUCUCAGGGAGGUGGCCUGGAUAUGAUUGAUACCAUGAAUCCACUUGAUGUUGUUGUGCGAAUACUUGACAAUCAGCUGAGCACUCUAAUGUGGAUAGAUGAAAAGGCAAAUGAGUUUUCAGACCAGAUUCAAAAGGUUGCGGACCGUGGCGCUGCUGCUGAACGAGGGUCCAAGGGUUCAAAAUUACGGCCUACGUUACUCUAGUCUUCGGCUAAAAAAGUAGACCCUUCUCUCCAGAACUGUCACCAAGUUUCUCUUCUCCAUCCACUGUCACAUCUUUCAAAACUAUCUAACAAGAGAUGAUUGCAUUUAAUUCCAACGAUGGUAUGUCUUCUUUUUUUUUUUCGGCACUCUGGUAAUAGUCAGUGACUGAAUCAUUUUUGUAAGUUUUUGGGAGACCAAUGAUAUGCAAAGCCAGUAAGAUGAACUAUUUCUCAUUUACAACUUUGUUAUACUUCUUGUAUUAUUUCUCAUUUAUAAUUUUGUUAUACUCA